AGCGGUUUGUGUGUAGAUUGAUCCGAAUUCGAGAAAGAUGUUUGAGACCGAAAGAUGCGCGUCAUCUUUUAUGUUACGGCGCUACUUCACAAUCGCACGACGAGCAUCUUGUGUAGAAGUAUAGAAUGUUCGAAAGCCUCAAGACUUCGGCCACACGACUCUAUCAUGGACGUAUCUUUGUUUUCUGCCUAUCUUGAUCUCUUCUGACCUGAUACUCAAGUAUAGAUACCGAUCGCGGAGAUUGUUCCUAACAACAUUGACGUUUUCAAAGAUGCCGCCCCCGCCCAAGAAGAUCCAGAUGAAAAAAGGCGCUGCGCAGAAGGUGAAACCAAAAGACGCAAAAAAGCACAAACCUGCUGCGAAAAACGCGAGACGGGGGAGUCCGAGCCCCGCUCCGGUCAGGAAGAAUAGUGCGUCGGUGAAAAGCAAGAAGCCGCCACCCUCGAGUGCUGUGAAGAAGAAAAAUACAACAUCAACAGCGCUGGUUUCUGUGAAGAAGAAAAGUGCAGCUGCCAAUGAAAGAAACGAUAAAGCGCAGCGGCAGCCGAGCCCAAAAAAAGACCACGAUAAGAAAAGCAAAUCUUCGGGAGCGAGCAAAGCCAAUAGAUCCCCAAAAACUGCUGCGGUGAAAGAGAAUAAAGAGCGGGACAUCAAAGGUGACAAAAACGCAACAUCCAAGCCCCCGAAGGGUGCAGGCGCUGGCGGUGCAAGUAGUGGCAAAUUAAAGCUGAACGACGAGAAGCUGCUGCCUGAUACCGAUGAGGAAAUCGCGGACGAAAAGAACAAAAACAAAGCCCCAGAGCCUGCUACUGGCUCCUCUCCACCCGCUCCGGCUAAGAGCAGCAGGCCGAAGAAGAUAAUCAAGCGCCCAAGCUCCAGCAAUAAGCGGGAUCAGGAAGAAGUUUUGGAUGACAACGACGAUGUCAUCUGCCUGGAGGACGAAGAUGAAACUUCUUUGGGUACUAACUUCAAAAACAAGAAAAGCAGUGCACUCGUGCUAUCGACCAAAAACAAGAGGAGUAACAAGAACCAAGACGUCGACGGAGAUAUCAACCUGGACCUCGAGGAGGAUCUCCCGGCGUCCACCACGAAUGCCGACCAGGCGUCGGUCAUGAAUGUGCGUUUUUGUGACGAAGACCAGCGCAAUACGUUUCAGCGACUGUACCGGCAUCAAUACGAGUUCGUCAUGAGCGACGUGUUCAAACAUAGCGACGGAGCAGCUGGGGACAGUGGCAGACACGCGGCCUCGUCCUCGUCGAAGAAAAACAAAGACGAGGAGCACAAGAAUUUCCAGGUUUUUUUCGGGGCGUUUGGGUCCGGUAUUCUGGGCGUGCAGGAGGCUGGCGUGACGUGGGAGACGAUGACCCCGUCGAACAGCUGCAUCAUUCUCUUCGUGAACCCGAAAGAAGUGAAGGUCCAGUUCAACAGCGCGCACGGCAAUCGCUACGCCGACCGCUACGACCGCGGCGCCCGGGUGUUCCGCUGGGAGACGCAGAGAUCUGAUUUAGAUGGCGCGCGCAUCAACUUUAUCCAGCAGGUUUGUAAUACGAGAAAAGCGAAGGUGUGCAUCGCGACGCGGGCCGAGAGAACCGAUACCUACUCGACCCUCGGCACGGCAAAGCGCAUGCAACUCGCCCGGGGCCCGCAAUUUCUCGUGCAGGACCGCCAAAAGGUGAAAAUCGACGCCAAAGAGCGGAUCCACUGCGCCAUUCGGGAGGAUUGCUUACCAAAAAAGGCUGGGUACGCGACGAAGAUGUACGACGUUGCGUCUGUUGCGUCGGGGCUGAAGGACACGACUUGGCGAGCGACAGAGCGGGAGUUGAAGCUGAUGCGGAACAAAGAGAUACGGGAGCUGCACAGAUCGAAAAAAUUCUGCUUGAAUUGCUGUUUUCUACCCGCGCUGGCGGACAUUUACUUCGCAGACGAUUUCCAAGAAACGAUGGCGGAACACGUGAAUGUGAAAGAAGGUGGGAUCAUGCUGAUCUAGAUUUGUCGUGUUUUUUGUUUGAUGCAUCGCAUUCUAUUGCUACAGCGGUAGCUGUACUAUAUCAAAAUCAUCAAGGAUUUUGCGUCGGUAUCGUUUACACGCAGGAAGUAACUAUGGGUACGACACGCAAUUCUGCUUGUUUUUCGAUACAUAUCUUCGUACACCUCCUGUAGACAGCAAAACCUACUAAGACACAAACCCAACAGGCGCCGACCCUGCACGACCGAAGCUCGGUGCUACCGAAAAGGAGAGCGAGAAACCCCGGGAUUGCUUUGGUGCGGUCGUGCCGGAACUGCUUCCAGUGCAGAUUGGAGCGAAGUGUUUAUUUACCGGGUUCUACGGUGUGCCGCGCAAAGCAGGCGAGACUGCCGCGUCCGCUGCAAAAGCCAAGAAGGAACUAGCACUGGGUGAAAAGAACAAUGACGCUACCGCGAAAACUAAACCCAAAGCAAAAAUGAAAAGCAAGACUGCCACUACAGCGUUGGAGAAAAAGAGCGCGGCGGCCCCUGCUGAGUCUUCUUCAGGAACGCCGCCGACGAGCAGCGGGGAGUCAUCCUCCGACGAGCUGCUGAAGCCGAACUAUGCGCCGUGGCCGCGAGACAUCUCCUAUGCUGAUAUGUACCGACGGAAGACCGCGCCGUCGACCGUGAGACUACGCAGUGUGCUGGACAAGAUCCGCCAAAACGCGAUCGCCAACGGAGAAUUUGAUUUCGUUCAACAAGAUGAACUUGGGGAGAGUUUCGCAGAUUUUUUCCCGGCGGCAAUCGUGGGAGGUUCGUCAAUAGUACCAGACGGUGGAGCUGCAACGGCUUCAAAGAUGCGGCCAACAACCUCGACCUCAAAUAGCGGAAAACGGAAAAUCUUGAACAGUCCGAGCCCGGUGCGAGCCAACCAAGCAGGAGCGUCUUCAGCAGACCUCCUUGUUGCAGGAACGGAAAGGAGCCUUUACGUCGAGACGGGAACAAACCAAAAUAGUGGAGUUGUUCCUGCGAGGAAAAAGCAGUCAAGACUCAAAGAGGAUCUGUACGAAGACCCGGAGAGAUCGCUGCAAAAGUAUUUCUCCACGACAAAGCGCAUCCACGUCGACGCGGUCAGUAGAACGGUCGGGUUUGAGGGCAAAGGGUGGGCUGACAUGCGGUUCAAAGAGCAGGUGCAGGGCUUGUACAAACGACUACUGGACGAGCACCAGGGACAAGAGCGCAGCAUCAUAUCAGGCGUAGGGGCAGACGGGAAAAACAGUAGUACCAGCUUCAGCAGCAAAAUUGGCUUCGAAUAUGGAAAAGAGGCCGCGCAGCUGGUUGUUCGUGCGACAAGAAGCGAAGGCGCAACUGCGAGUAGAGUUAUCCCAUCGGAGCAGCUAACAGGGCAUUCAUCCUCCUCCUCAUCAUCCGCGGCCUACGCAAGAAAAAUGCGGCCACACGGCGUGUCUCUCACGCUCACUUCCCGCGCCGACGAGUACUUGCACACGACGGACCUAGUGCAGUUCCCGAACAACAGUGGCGAAAGUGCAACAACGCGGUCCUCUGGAGCCCUCCGACCAGGACCCAAGAAAGCUGAAACCUUGCUCGGCAAUCUCGACGAGGGGUCUGAGAAAGCAACCGCGGAUUGCUACAAAGACCUGAUAGGCAGUGGCCGUGCAGGUGCGACAGGGUUAGCGACAGCUUCUUUGAUGGAUCCUACAAACGCCUUCGCUACUAUUGGCGGAACCGCGAGGCACGGCAAAGUCCUAGUGACGACGGACGACUCAAGCGAGGAGGUAGAUGAAGUCAAGAACGGUACUAGCACUGCGGCUGUAGAAGUAUCACGGCACAAUAAGCGCCAGCAGCACUUCUACCGGGGCGCGUUUCCGAAUUCCGACUGGUCCUACACAGACCAUUUAGUCUCGGAGGAGACCGUCGUUAGCACCGAGAACGAGUACACCGAGCUGGAGUACUCGUUCGAGUUCGACAGCUCGGAAGGGGAGAAGGACCAAACACUGGUCGAGCGGAUAGCAGGAGAAGACCGCAAAACAAUAGGUGUGGAUGAUGUGGAGGAAAUGAAUGAGCACGACCCCAAUAACAUCUCCAACAAGCUACUCCAACCCUCGAUCCCCACCGCAGCAGACGGAGUGGCUUCACAAGCAGCAACGUUUUUGCAGCUGGAUUCGGAUCACUACGAGGAUAGCAACGAGGAGGCGUGUCUGAAGGGCGGCAAAACCGAGGCGGCCCUGGACGAUUUUUUUCACGAGGAAGACAAAAUGGACGUGGACGACGACAACAGCAAGACGAAGCGAAAACACCGCACGCGGGUGGCGUACGAGGUCGGCGAGAUGGUCGAGGUCCGCGACUGGGUGGAGGACGACUGGGUAAAGGGACGGGUGGAGGAGGUGCUGAAAUCAGCAAAUUCUGAUGCUACGGAUAGCACGAAGAACAAGCGGGUGAUCGUCGAAGUUCUUGCCGCAUCGCCGAGCGAAGAGGAGGAGGACGGCGUCGGCGCAGCGGCUAGGGGCGAUGCUGGCGGGAAAAAAGCCUUCAACUUCAUCCGCCCUCUCCCCUUCACGAAAGGGCAGCGCGUUCGCGUGGUGACGAAGGACAACGUGGCUCACUGGGGGCAAGUCGAGUCCAGCAGUCAGCGCCCGCGGGUGAAAGUCGACGCGACGCAGUGGGCGCACAGCGUGUUCGCGGGCACGACGAUUGGGAAACUUGAUUACACGCAAAUCUCCACGGCGACCGCCGAGCCGCACAAGCAAGACGGGCUGAACAAGGGCACCGUGAUCAAAGCGCAGGCAAACCGCGCGUGGUGGCGGUUGGUCCGGUGCAAGUUGGCCAUGUUUGACAACCACGAGCAGUUCGUCAAGCAUUUGCCACUGGCGGAGAAAACCGAAAAGUUGAAAGAAGAGCAGAAAUCAACGAAAAAGCAAGGCGUUUGGGAGCGGGUGCGGAGGGAGGUCUGCCACGAUUUACGUCAGGACAACGGAUUCGCGAAACGGGCGGAGAGAAGAGCAAAGCGCUUCGAAAAGAACCACCACACGAUCGUGUAUCGCAGCAGCGACUACUGGGCAACCGUUUACCCGAAGUUCAAAACGGGCUUGGAAAAACUUGAAAAGCAAGUGAAAAAGAAGGAGGAGGAGCGCAGGAAGCGGGAAGCGCAGCUGGAGGAGGCGCGGAAGAAGAGAAAGGACAAAUCGGAGAGAGUCAUCGCCAUGUUCACCUCGAACGACACUGGAGAUGGUGAUGGAGCAGGAAGUUCUGGUGCAAAUGGAGGACAGGAGGGUGACCAAUGCGGUGACGCUGGGAAAAAGCCGGACAGCGACGAGGACGGAAAGACGCCGGAGGACUUGUAUCUUCUGCAGCUCGACCAGGACAGCCUGGGAGAGACCGAGUGUACCCUGCAUUCCUCCGAAAUCGAGAACGACAGCGAUUUUUCGCUGCAAGAAAUGAACGAGGAGGAGGUGCAGCACUGGCUACGCCCUUUGGACGUGCUUGACGUGGAAGUAAAUUCUUUAGCAGCGAACAAGAAGACGAACAAAUUGCUGGAAAAGUUCAAGAAGUCCGAGUCCCGUGUGUACAAAGCUAGUUCGGAAGACAAAGCUAGAUACCUGGAACUCUCCAGCAGAAGGUAGGAUGGCCGAUAAGCGACAAGGACAUGGGUGGACUAGGCAGAAAAGUAGAGUGAGGAUGUCUAGCUGUGAUUGGAAGAGAGUCGCAAAGAAAAGAUACGCCCGUUCAAAUUGCUCGCGAUUCGAUUUCGAUUCGAAGGUGGAAACUUGCAAUGUACUUGUCGACGGAACAUAGCACCAGGACGAUGGACUUGCUUUUUCAGUGGACAAGACGGCAUGCCGCACUGUUUUUUUGUUCAUAGCGAAACUCUUCGCCGCACUUGCACAGCUAAGAAAGCAUUGAAAUGGCGCAUGAACAAGAUGAGCCUCCGUUGUUCCGAAGUACUAUGACUAACCGGGUUUAUUUGUUCGCUCAACUACCAGUACCAAGUACUACAAUUUUUAUGGUACCUCGACCUUGUCGCUAUUCGAGAAGAGACUCCGCAAAGAAAAAGGUGUUUGAUUUCUCCAACGCGGAAGUAGACUGCCUUGUCGAGGAAACUGAGCCAGAGAGAACCGAACCAGCGGAAGUUAGGUUAUUAUCAUGAUGCAGCAAGCCGAAGGAGAACAGCAACUGCGAGUGUGCACCGCAACUGAUGCAAGAAAGACGAGUAUUAAACCCAUAAAGUUUUACCAAUCUGAGUUAUUGAAUUAUCGCAAUUAGUCAAAAUCUCAUCUGAGACGCGC